UUGAGUCAGAGUUGCAGUUGUCCUCAGUGACAGCCGCAGCAGUUAGAGGAAGUGUUACAUAGUGUGCAGCUCUAAGUCUAACCGCUUGGCCAGCACAAGUUUUUAUACAUGUGGCAUAUGAUGUAGUCCACUGAUAGUCGCACAAGGACGAAAGUUUACCUCAUUAUGUAAGGACCAAGCCACAGCAUGGCAUCCUGGAGAAAUUCUUGCAGUAUUAAUGCGGCGGAUUCGGCAGCUGAAUAUGCUGCCAUUGAAUCCGAAAUCUACCGAAGCCUGCUAACCAUUAUGAGAGAAAUGGCCAUUGAGCAACCGGCUGUCAACAAAGGAAUGCUUAGAUGGACAUUACAUAAGAAAGUGCAGGACAGUCCUCUCAGGAGUCUGGCUUUGGUGAGAGUGGCCGUCAAGGAACUAGAAAGAGCUGAAAGAACUGACUGCAAGCAACAACUCAUUCCUCUGCUUAAUACACUUAUAUAUGCUGUGAUGCAGACAGUGCACAUACCCGAUGACCUCUAUAAAAGAGUUUAUGACUUCUGCAAGAGGUUGUUGACUCUGCCUCAGCCGUACUGCACUGUGGGUCUCAGUUAUGCUGGCCAAAUGAAAGCAGAACGACUUGCUCCAGGCCUUUUGUAUCAGAAAAUGAUAAUUGCAGAACAAAGUCUGAAAAAUGAACACUAUCCUCAGCAGGAGAGGUGAGGUAUUUGUGUUUCUGCGGAUCCUGCAGUAUUCUCAGAGUCUCUCAGCACUGUCCUGCAGGCUGACAUUGAGUCUCAAGGAAUGUUGAACCCGUUGAGCUUGAUGCGCUGUGUAGUGCAGCACAGUCUUCAGGCGGCACUGGGAGACGAUUGUCACGGACCCUCUCUCAAUGAUGCUUUGCAGGAUAUGGACUUGGAUGUUGAGUCGUACUUUAAUGAAGUGCUCGCAACAGUAGACCAGAGCACAGAUAGUAACAGAGGUCGAGGUCAGACCAGACAGAAACUACAAGAGAUAUACUUUCAGAUCCUCCGUGACGCCAAGAAAGGUCUAUUGUCCAGCGGCUCCCUGUGCGAUGUUCCGCUUCCCAAUCCGGAGAUGAGUUUCCAUCUGUGGUGGGAGGACGAGGAGCUCUGGAGAGAACUGGCCAAAUUCAUCCGUUCCGGGUCGUUCAGUGAAAGCCUGAUGAGUUCAGAGGACUUUUAUGUGUCUGACUUACCCACAGACCUCAACUCAGACAUGCCACGGUACUCUGUCAUGUCCACGGACAGUGGUAUAGAGCGUGACAUGCAGGCUACUGAAGCCUCUGACAUGGAAUGUCCUGGAGGAAGAUCCUUAAAGCCUGAAAUUACUAGCGGCCGACUGUCACGGCGUGGAGGAAUUAAGGUGAAGCCAUCUGUCACCGACAGCAUGGCUCUGAUGCAGGACGUACUGGAGGAGACAGGAACCGCUGGCUGCAGUGGCACAUUGCAGAGGAGAGCAGGAAAUAGUAGCACCACCUUGCCCAAGGAAGAACGGGACUACACUGCUAAAAUAGUGCUGAUGGGAGAUGACCGGGCGGUGGGAAGACUAGCCAGGGCAUACUACUGGUUAAGGAAACGGGAAGCCAGGAGAAGAUUCCUCACUAUGAAAGUCAACCUACAGAUGUACUACAUCCCUGUUGUCCGCCAGUCGUCUGCAGCCUCUCCUGUGAAGGAAAAUGUGCCCUCUAUAAGCAACAACAUCUGUGCUCUGGGCUCUUAUCUUGGAAUGGUGGAUCCGUGGUACGACUGCAAUGUUUGUAGUCUUGGACAGAUGAUUCCUGAUCUUGCAAGAACGUCCAGCACUGGCAAACCACAGGAGUCUGACCUUUUCUUAGCUGACGUCAUCUCGUAUUAUGUGCGCAUGGGACAGCAGCCAGUGCACUUCAACAUUUACUACAUUAAGAUUUACUUUUCCAACAAGUCCAAAGAACCUGUGGAAGAAGUGUUUGUCACAGACCUGGAAGUGGAUUUUCCAGAGUUCAAAAAGGCCCAAGAAACUGUCAAACAGAAGAAGAUGCCUGCUGAGCUGUGUGGAGCAUUGGUAUCGUUUAGCUACUUGAAAGUGUCGCUAAGCAACAGGGAGGUUGAGAGAGGGUUCUCACUCAGAACCACAGGUGCCCAGAUUUCAGCACUACCACAAAACAAAACUGAAGAUCUUAACUGUCUCACGGUCGCUUUCAGUGACAUAAAGCCAAAGAGCAUCACGGAGACGAAGAUCAGAACAUGCCAUUUUAAAUUGAAGUCACCAGAAAAAGCAACUUUCACAGUACGUCUGGACAAAGACUUUCGAAGGAAAUUUAUGAACGUUGAGAGCAUUGAGGUCGCUCCAUGUCGAGACCCUGGGUAUUACGUUCAGAAAUCCUUGAAGUCAAAGUUCAUGCCAGAAGGUGGCAGCAACGCAGGACUGAGCAAAUACAUGAGCACUGGAUUGACUCUGCCCAUUAACACAUUUGCUGGAAUAAUCGACUAAGCGAACAAGGACUGGGAUGGAGGCUGCUUUCUCUCGACAUAAAGGCCAGUUCUGGACUCUUGCAGUAUAGUGUUUUGUGUUUUAAACAAUGCACUGCGCAGUCGUGUCGCUCUGUGAUCGAAUGAUCAGCUAAGACACUUCACCAAGCAGGUUUUACUGCAAUUUAUCUGUGAAUCACAAGUUGAUCGGCCCAGGAAGUGUUUUAAUGUGUGACACAACUAACUCGCUAACACUAAUGCAGUCACGGUAUUGAGUUUCUCAAAGACGCAGGAUUUACUUGAACUUGUUUUCUGCUCGAACCUGUCCUAUCAACCUGUUCCUUAAUAUGAAGAAGAGAAUUAGUCACACGCUGACAGUCCUUCAUAUGAAGUUUCCAUCAGAAAAACAGAGUAACUGUUUAUUACAGCAUAAUGCAGGUGCAGUAUAUGUCUGUAUAACAUAAAAUAUAUGCCAUAUGACCAAGUGUUUCAGAGAAACUGACAUUACCUUAAUGAUUUGCACUUCUUUGAUACAUUCACUGUUUCAUGCUUUCAUUUUUUAUCUCACUAUACAUUUUUACAAAGGUUUUAUAGCAUCAACAACAUGUUUCAAAUUAAAAAGCAUAAUUAUGUAUUUUAAUAAUCGUCUAUGUGAUCGACGUGUGUAGAAGAGCACUAUUGUUACACAGAAGGUUUGUGUCGUGCAUUAAGCUGCUCAAGAGUCAAAUCUUUCUUUAACACAAUAAUUAGCGGUGCCAAACAUUUUAAUCUUCCUCAUUUCAAUAUCUGUACAUUAUAUUUUAGAGUAUUUUCCAGCAGUUUCUAACGUGAUGCCAAUAAUCCCAGUUAUGCCCAUUUUAAAGAACAAACAUAUAAUCACAAAAAUGCGAUCAGCCAACUUAACCCAGUUCCAUUUCUUUUAAGUUCAUGGCAUUAAUUUGUGCCGAAAGUUUGCACAGCUGUUGAUUUGACGUCCUGUUUUGUAAAUAUCGUGAUUUUGUGAAUACAUAUGCUGAAUAAAUGUAGCGUUUUCAAAUGAUUGCAA